UCUAAUGAGCAGAUUUGAGAGACACCAGUGUAAAAGAGAGAGAGAGAGAGAGAGAGACAUACAAGCUUAUGAAGGAAUAAGAUGACGACGGAGAAAAGACAAUCCGCGACACACGAAAAUCAUUCCAACAAUGUGCUUGGAGUCAAGGAAGACCUGGAGAAGAUAAAUCUGGAAUAAUGACUCUGGGUUUUACACUUGAAAGCAAACUGGAGCAGAGGAUUUUUACCCAACCCUAAAAGAGAGCAAAGAGGAUAGGAGAACGACAAAACGGUGCCCCGAUAAGGAAUUAAUCACAUCAGUUUGUUUGCGAUUAAGCCGUGCGCUCAUCCUGUGCUGGUGAGAGGGUGCGUACAUAUGCAUGCGAUAGACUGCAUUGCUGCUAGCUGACAGAGACUGAACCUUGCAGAAUCCAUUUUUUCUUAUUUUUCCUACACUCUGACUCCCAGCGUGGCAUCAGCAUGUCGGGUGAAUGUGUUACAACAGUGAGCGAGCUCGUGACAGAGCGGAUACAUUUGUAAAUGCUACCUGACUGCUUCAUCUGGCGGCCGUCACAGGUUUCUAGGUGGAGCCUGGUGGUCUCAACGUCAGGGAGGGGAAGCAAAGCCGUUCAAAGCCCCAGAGAGGGUGAGCGGGUGUCAGGGUAGGUGUGUGCUGGCACUGGGGGCCUGCGUGGAGGCAGGAACAAGGAGGGGGCCGGAGUACCAGAAGUGAGAGAAUUGUUGCUGCGUUAGUAACGGUAGGACAAGGCGCAUGGCUGGCGUGGGCCCACUUUCAUCGCUGAGAAGCAGCCGCAGGAAAGCAACCCGUGAAUAACAAGCUCCACUCCUGAAAGAGGAUGGUCUGAGUGGGCUCACACUGCUCCUGCCUGGUUUGACAGGAGGGGACUACUGCCCUGGAGGGCUCCUCUUUCUUUCUUUUAACUUUAUAAAUUGUUCAUCUGCCACCAUUAGCAGGAGUUUUCAGGAGUGUAUUCCUGCCUGAGCUUUAUACCAACACCCUGGCCCUAUUUCUAAGUCUGAGUUUGUUUGGUUCUUACUUUCUUUUCUUUUCUUUUUGAGGUUUGGAGUAUUUGCCAAAACCUAUUUCAUGCAUGUCCACUGGGGGCAGGUUCAACUUUGAUGAUGGGGGAUCAUACUGUGGAGGGUGGGAAGAGGGAAAGGCCCACGGCCAUGGCAUCUGCACGGGACCCAAGGGCCAAGGCGAGUAUGCGGGCUCAUGGAGCCACGGCUUUGAGGUGGUGGGCGUUUAUACCUGGCCCAGCGGGAACACCUAUCAGGGGACAUGGGCGCAAGGCAAGCGCCACGGCAUUGGAGUUGAAAACAAGGGCAAGUGGGUUUAUAAAGGUGAGUGGACACAUGGAUUUAAGGGACGUUACGGUGUGCGGGAAAGCACGGGAACCAGUGGCAAGUACGAGGGUACGUGGAACAACGGACUACAGGAUGGAUAUGGAACAGAGACGUACUCGGAUGGAGGUACAUACCAGGGCCAAUGGGUGGGAGGCAUGCGGCACGGAUACGGCGUACGGCAGAGCGUUCCGUACGGCAUGGCGGCCGUCAUUCGUUCACCUCUCCGUACCUCCAUAAACUCUCUACGCUCCGAGCACAGUAACGGCACAGCGCUGCUGACCGGAGAUCGACCGCCCGUGGCUGGCGUGGGGGGCGGAGGCGUCCUAGCGGCGGGCAGCCCUGCAGUGUCCCGCGGGGGCUUCGUUCUGACGGCCCAUAGUGAAGCAGAGCUUUUGAAAAACAAAAAGAAGGGCCUGUUCCGUCGCUCACUCUUGAGUGGCCUCAAACUGCGAAAAUCGGAGUCCAAGAGCUCGUUGGCCAGCCAGAGAAGCAAGCAGAGUUCCUUUCGGAGCGAAGCUGGCAUGAGUACGGUCAGCUCCGCCGCAUCCGACAUCAACUCGACCAUCAGCCUCGGGGAGGGGGAGAGCGAGCUGCCAGUGGGUGACGAUGACGUGGAUGCCACUACCACGGAGAGUUACACAGGCGAAUGGAAGAACGACAAGAGGACGGGCUGCGGGGUGAGCAGGCGAUCUGAUGGACUGCAAUAUCAGGGAGAGUGGUUGGGCAACAAGAGGCAUGGGUACGGAUGCACCACUUUUCCUGAUGGCACUAAAGAAGAGGGAAAAUACAAACAGAACGUGCUAGUUAGCGGCAAACGCAAGAACCUCAUUCCUCUACGUGCCAGCAAGAUUCGCGAGAAAGUGGACAGAGCGGUAGAAGCAGCAGACAAGGCCGCCGACAUUGCAAAGCAAAAGGCGGAAAUUGCACUUUCAAGAACGGCGCACGCCAGAGGAAAAGCUGAAGCUGCGAUGACGGCAGCACAGAAAGCCCAGGAAGAGUGCAGACUGGCCCGAAUCACCGCCAAAGAGUUUUCUCCAUCAUUCCAGCACAGAGGAAACAGAGUGGAGUGCCAGCGACCCAAACAGCAGAACUCAAGUGAGAACGAUGUGGAGGUGAUCUCUAGUGGAACGGCAGAUAGCACAGAGCUCUAUAUGAAGGGCUCCACGCCCCCGGACCUCACCCCGGACAUUAGCCCUACCACCAGCCGGCCCUCCACACCUCCCCGAAGCCCGAACACCAAAUCUUCCCACCGCACCAAAAACGCUCGCUUUCUGCGACAGACCGCGGUAGACGAGGAACGUGGAGGAACUCAAGAGAUCCAGGUGCUGAUGGAGGGGAGAGGUGGCGGGGGUUCAGGCGGAGAUUACCACAGAACGAACAGUUUGAGCGAGGACAAGCGCACUUCUCGUGGGGGCAGCAGUAGAGGGGGUAGUCGGGGUAGUAGCCGCUCCACAACCCCCUCGGUGCAAGACGAGGUACGGGCUCGGACCAACGGUCACAAGCACUCCUCCUCCAAUCACAAGCUCAGAGACCACAGCUCCUCCAAUCACAAAGUCACACGGGACAGGAGAGCAGACGGACCCUCGGCUUCUUGGACCUCACAGCGGGUACACGGGGACAGUUUGGCCCAUCCCCGGCUCCUUGAACAGGACGAGGAGAAACUGAGCAAUUACGAAAUGGAGAUGAGGCCGUUACAGCCCAUGGACUCCCAUAAUUCCCAGAAGCCCUAUGGGCAUGGGGAGGAGUGGCACAGUCACGCAGAGACUCGUGCACAUACGUUACAGCGACGGGGUAAAAAUCGAGACUGGGAGCGGGACGCUUCAGCGCCCAAGGAAGAACCGGUAUCGGACUCGCUUCAAAAGUUGGACAGUCUACGUGUGGGGGAAAAGCUUGAGGCUCGUCCCCUCCGUAGGGACCUCACACUCUCACCCCCACAAAAGUCCCCACCAAUUGCACUAGAGCACGAGGAUGAGAAUCAGUCUCAGCUCAAAGUGAACUCGGGAUCCAACUCAAUUCUGGUAGUCAUGGUGAUUUUGCUCAACAUUGGAGUCGCCAUUUUGUUUGUCCAUUUUUUUAUUUAAACUUUGCAUUGCCCUUGUUAAGCUAAGUUAUCAUCGCAUCAAUACGACUGAUCUGGUCCUGACCUGAUUUUUUUUAAACAACCAACUACUUCUAUUGAAGUAACAGCACGUCAACAUGAGAACUGAGGAAAGCGACAUACAAAACCCCGCUCGGCGGUUACAUCUGCUUUUCUGUCUCCGAAGAGCUCUUGUUUUCAUUUCUUAAUUUGUUCUCUUUUUUUAUUUCAAUAAUAGAUAAAAACACCUUUUCGAACUUCUAGUUUUAAUCAAUGUAUUCACUCAUCCAUUACCGCUGUUCAGAAUGAAUAUACUUGUUUGAUUCUCUUUCAUUUAUUUCAUAUAUAUAUAUAUAUAUUGCCUUUUUCAAUGCUGGUGACUUCUUUUCGAUUUCGUUUAAGUUUGGUUUGUAUUUGGGUGUUGGACUCAUAUGAUUGGUGGCUUUAGGGUAAAGGGCGAGGUUUACACCGUCAGCGUCAUCUGCAGUGUGACAUGGCUAUAAUGUCAACAGGUCUCAAAGUGAUGGGAAACGGCUCCUGUCUAAACCCACCUGCCUCCCUCGCGCACCACUCCCAAACAUUGCAUCGGUUUCUCCAUGCUUUCAUUUCUAUUACUCAUCAUUUCCUUUUCAUCCUGUUGGGUACGCCAAAUACCCCCAGAAUGUCAUGGUGGGCUGAAGAAGCUUCUGCUAAAUGUCAAUUAUCAAACUAUUUUAAAAUAUCUCUAUAAUAGACCUAAAACUGAAGCUAGCAACUGUGGAUCUCGCAUAUUCACCUGCGAAAGAGUCGCAAAUGUCAUAAAGCAAUUUGGCCAACACUGCUAAAAAGCACAACAAAGUAGGUUAUAAAAUGCACUGCUAACAUCUGAGCAUCUGCAACAUUUGCACUCUGGUGGAUGCGACCCACAUGCAUUUGGAAAAACUCCAAGAUUUCUAUGAUCUGAAAGGGCUUCAUCAAUAACUCAACCGGUCCUGCAUGUAUACCAUCUACAUCAUCAGGAC